AUGGGCAUUGCACUUUUAGUCCAUCCUGAUUGCCCUUAUCCCGUUCAUCAUAUUCCUACAACCUCGCCUUAUUUACUUUCAUGCCAAAUUGCCGACAUUCUUAUCCAUUGCGUAUACCUCCCACCAUCAGCCUCUUAUUCCGACAUUGAUGCCAUCAACUUCAUUGAAUCCUUACCUCUAUCCACUCACACCUCACAAACCAACACCAUCAUUUGUGGAGACUUCAAUGCUCGUAAUCGUCGUUUAUUGGGUGAUUCUCGCUCCAAUACUCGUGGUACGGCUUUGCAUGACUUCAUUAUGCAUCACAAUAUUACAUGUUGGAAUGCUACUCUUGCCUUUGGACAGCCCACCUACCACACAUAUACUAACGAACGUGAAGACACCAGCAUUAUUGAUUUGUUUUUGUCCACUAACCCUCUUGACUCACCUUCUAUAGCUAUAGAGAAUGACAUGGAUCUUGGUUCUGAUCAUAAGCCUGUAUCCUUGUCGUUCACACCAUCCAGCCCUCCACCACCUCAACAACCACAUCCACGUCAACUAUGGCACCUAAGCAAGCUGUCAGAUCCAGAGAUUCGCUCACAAUACAGCACACACCUCACCACCAACCUCCAACCUAUUAUCGAAUCACUCACCUUGGCUAUCGAUGAUAAUCACCAUCCACCCGAUAUCGACGCUUUAGCCAACACCUUCACCGAUGCAAUUCACAAAGCUCUUGACACCUCAAUCGGCCGAAAGAAACCAGGCACUCGUGACAACCGUAACAAAUGGUUUUGGAACGAUGACCUUCAGGCAGCCUUUGAUCGCCGUGAAUAUUGCUAUCAACGCCUUCGUCACGCUGAUGAGUUAGAACGCCCAUUCUGGAUCGAGCAACAUACCGAUGCUAAGACACACAUGAAGAGUCUCAUUGCAAGCCGCAAACGUGAGACGUGGAAACAGUUUUGUGAAAAGCUGGCAAAAGACGACUUUGGCAAAACAACAGCCACCAUAAAAAGAAUACGACAACAUCGCAUGACUUCACCUACAUUCACACACCCCAAUGGUUCCACAGCAGCUGCCAACACAAUGGCCAACCACCUCAAACAGGUUUAUGCAGGAUCUUUUUUACCAUCAACCCGCCCAUCACCACCACCACUAGAACCCGUUCCCCAUCAACUUGACGAUGAUCAUCCCUUCUCAACUCUUGACGUCAAAGAAGCCAUUGAACAUGCUGCUCGCAGGAAGGCUCCUGGUGUUGAUCACCUAAGAGCUGAAAUGCUUGCACCUGUUUCCGAUAUCAUUGCUCCCCCACUUGCCCUCCUCUUUCAACUUUGCUGGAAAUGGUCUAUAACGCCAUUGUCCUGGAGAUUGGCACAAGUUGUGCCUAUCUAUAAAAAAGGUGAGCCUACACAUGCAGCUAACUAUCGUCCCAUUAGCUUGCUCUCUGUAAUCCGCAAAAUUAUGGAACAGUGUCUCCGUGCCCCGCUGCAUGAAUCAUCACCCCAACUGGAUCUUGCACAAGGUGGCUUUCGACCCCAAAGAAGUGCCAUGGACCAAGCUUUGUGCCUACAUGAACUUGCCCAACGGCAUCGUAUCAUCAACCACAACCGUAACCCCAUCCUUGUUUUCCUGGACAUUAAGAGUGCCU